ACGGAAGGCGGGUGGUCUGUGCUUUGACUUCACACUCAUGUCCGAUGACAGCCUCGAGAGCGAUGAGGAUUAAGAAGUAACAUGUCUUUGCCUUCAACCAGCACAGCAACACAUGAUAUCCAUUCGAUUAAUGCCAUGGAUUCCACUACCGUCCGUUGCAAUGUUCAGGAGACUGGCGAUGAAAGACGCACCGAAUCUUUGCAUCAAGCCACUCAGUACAUAAACGGAAAUGGAAACGAUGCAAAAAUGACACAGAAAAAAGAUAAAGAUUUCGAGGAGGCCUCAGCGGUCGUCGCGCGGCACGUCAAGCUGCUGCGCGAGUACAACGAGAUGAAGGACGCCGCGCAGCAGCUGAUGGGCAUGGUGGCCGAGAAGAGGGGCGUCACGGUCGGGAGUCUGUACGAGACGGGCGAGUUUGGCGUCGGCCCGAAGGAUUGAUGGGCUCCUCGUGAUGGGAUUUGACUGAAGGAGGACAAAGACAAAAAGUGAAUUGAGAAAAUACAAUCGCCGGUACGCCGU